AUGAAUUCAAUAGAUUAUUCAUAUCCUCAAAAAUUUGUACCUACAACAGUUAAUUUAGAUUUACAUAUCAAUAUUCUUAAGGAUACCACCACAUUUGAAAUAAUACAACAACCAAUUUAUAAACAAUUCACGAACAAAACUUUCCAAGAUCCAUUAAAUGAUAUAUUGAAAAUUCUGAGACAAAAAAUCAAUAACUAUCAAUUAAGUCUUCCAGAAGAAGAAGAAGAAGAAGAACAUCUGGAAUCAGAAUUAGAAAGUGAUAAAGAAAAUGAUAUUGUGGGAGUUUCAAAAACUGUUAAUCUUAAUCAAUCAACACCAAUAAAGAAGCUUCCACCAACUAUACCUUCGGCUGCUCCUGCUCCAAUUCCAUUGAGAAAUAAAAAACUGGAUAAUUUGGCUUGUCAUGCUGAUAAUAUAUUAAGAAUGGCCAUUGAUUCAACUAUUAUAAGUUCUAAUUCCUUCACCAUAAAUUCAUUUGAAGAAGAUGACGACGACGAAGAGGGGGAGGGAGUGGAUGAUCAUGAUCAUGAUCAUGAUUUUUUACAGGAAAAUUCUUUAAUUCAAUUAUUAAAAUAUAAGAAUUCGAAAAGAGAGUUAAGAUUUAAACCUCCAGUUAUUAAAUUUGAUAUUAAUGCAGAUGAUAUUAAUUCUGUAUUAUAA